GCUAAAUGGCGCACGGUGGCAGAGAGACAGUGAGAUGCUGACAAGUCCAGCUCAGUCAACAGCUUGUACGCUUUGAAGUUGGACGGCACUGGUGGUCUGCUCCAACCGGCUAGGGUCUAGCCAACCGAAUGGAUUACCGUUUAUUAUCUGCGCACCGUCAAGUGUUAUAGCAUAGUGUGGCCAGUCCUUCCGGCGGAUCGGAUUCCAGGCGGUUGCUCGUGAGGAUAUAUAAAAAGUGGUCACUAUUGGCGUCAGAUGGGACAACACUUAAAGCCGACGGAAUGUGCACAAAUCAGGGGCCAACUAUCGAGAUGCACCUAGUGGCGCAGUGCAUCAGUGUACAGUGAACGCUUACGACCCACCGAAAGGUAGCUGCACCGUGACGGAGUGGACUGUUGCGUUACACAUGGCCGUGAUACCCGUACACUAGCGUCUUAGUCAGUGUUAGAACAACCAAUUCUCACCUCGCUUGGCUUGAGCGCAUUUAGCAGCAGCAUCAGCAUCUUGCAAUCGAUCAGUGUCAAAACAAAAUGUGGCUCACUAGCAUUGCACUUUUUCGCUCCUGUCGCCAGUAUCUUGCCGCUAUUUUGGCCAACCUAUCAGUGACCUGCACGGGAUGUGCGAUGGCAUGGACAUCACCGGUGGAAUCGAAGCUGCGCAAUCUGCAAACGUCACCGCUGGCAGCCGUACCGACGGAUGCGCAACUUGCCUGGAUCGGGUCCAUACUGGCCCUUGGAUCGUUGGCUGGACCUCCGGUAGCUGGCUUUGUGGCGCAUCGGUAUGGACGCAAGAUGGCCCUGCUGGCCAGUGGUGCACUGUUUAUCGUAUCCUACAUCCUGUUCUUGACCGCGGGCACCGUGGCGCAGAUUCUGGUUGGACGGUUCCUGCAAGGUUGCGGCAUUGGAUUCGCGUUGGCCAUUACUCCGCUGUACGUGUGCGAGAUUGCCACUUCGAACCGGCGUGGAAUGUUGGGCUCUUUGGUGCAGCUGUGCAUGACCGCCGGUAUGCUGUACGUGUACGGCACUGGACCGUACGUUAGUUAUGCUGCCAUGCAGUACAUUAUGUUGGCCAUUCCGGUACUGUACUGUCUGGCGUUCAGUGCGAUGCCGGAGACGCCACACUUUUACGUCGCGAAAGGAUGCUACGCUGAUGCGUCCCGAUCGCUUGAGUUUCUGCGCGGUGAACCGAUCGAGGAUCUGGAGGAGGAGUUUGGUUCUAUUCAGCAAUCGGUUGAGGAAUCGAUCCGGGAUCGGGCCAGCUUACGUGAUCUGUUCCGGGGUCAUGCGAACGUUCGAGCUUUGUUCAUUUGCACCAGUAUCAUCAUCUUGCAGCAGCUAUCUGGCAUCAAUCCGGUUCAGUUCUUUACGCAGACGAUCUUCGAAAAGACGGGCACAUCGGUACGGCCCGAGCUGGCCGUCAUUAUUAUUGGGUGCGUGCAGGUGGUGGCCAGUUUGGUGACCGUGCUCACGCUGGACAAGCUUGGCCGUCGACCGUUCCUGCUAAUGUCGGCUGGUGGUAUGUGCUGUGCACUCGUUGCCCUCGGUACUUACUUCUAUUUGGAUCGCCAUAGCUGGGCCUAUCCUGCUGGUCUGCUCGAUCGCCUCGCUUUCCUGCCGAUCUUGUCGCUGGUCGUGUUUACGGCUUCGUUCUGUCUUGGUUUCGGUCCGGUUGCGUGGUUGUUGGUGGGCGAAAUGUUUGCUCCGAAUAUUAAGCAUCUGGCAUCCUCGGUCGUCUCCAGCACCUGUUGGUGUGCAUCCUUUUUCGUCCUGUUUUACUUCAGCACACUCGAUGAGGCCCUUGGGACGCACUGGCUGUUCUGGAUGUUUGCGAUUUGUACGGCCGGAGGAUUUGCCUUCACUUAUCUGUUUGUGAUUGAGACGAAGGGAAUGUCGCUGCCGGAGAUUCAAGCGAGGCUCAACGAAACAGCACCGGUCGUUAGUGAUAAGGCUUAGAGUUAGAGUGCCGAGUAGUACCGGUGAAACCUUGGCGUUAAGCUCGUCAAACAAACACCGUGGCCCGUGAGUGGUUUUUAAGAUGAUUAGAUUAAGAUCCAUUUAUGGAUGAUAGCUGGUAGGUAGGUCUACUAUCGGUCCAUCGAUGAUGUUAGCGCUCUAGCAGGUUUCAAGAAAACAUGAAACUCAAUCUCAGCUCCAUGAAAGCUGCCAACCAACAGAUGGAACCAAUGUGAAGCACUUCCAGUGAUAGAUGGUGCUUCUGCAUUACUGAUAGUCCAUGUUCUUGCUGUAAAAUUUGUUUAAAAAUAAAAUCCAUACACGCUUUUUUUCUGUUCGAAA